GGCUCGCUUCGCGGAGCCUCGCGGGGGAGGGGAUAGGAGAGUACUUGCACACAGCUGGCUGACAGCUGAGGGUCUGUUUCCCUCUCCUCCUCCUCUCCCCAGUCUGACUUGAGUGCGCGCCUCGGCAACAGACCACCCGACCUUCCUCCACCCGUUCAAGAUGCCCACCGCCACAGAGACCGCCGCCAAGCCUGCUCCCGCCAAGUCGGCUCCCAAAAAGCCGGCGUCCGACGCCGAGAAAAAGCCCGCAGCCGAAAAGAAACCUGCGACUGACAAGAAACCCGCAACUGAAAAGAAACCUGCAACUGACAAGAAACCCGCAACUGACAAGAAGCCCGCGGCCGACAAGAAGCCUGCCGCUGAAAAUAAGCCCGCCGGCGCCACCGAGAAAAAGCCUGCAGCUGACAAGAAGCCUGCCGCUGACAAGAAGCCUGCUGCUCCCGCCGCGGAGAAGAAGGCUGCCGCGCCAGCCAAGAAGGUCGUCGUGGAGGUGGACGAAGAGCCCGCUGCACCCGUUUACGUGCCCAAGCUGCCCGUCACCCUCCCCGUGCUCAACACGCUCGAGUGGGCGAGCUGCGCCAAGGUGCUGGAGAACCUCAUCAACUUCACACCGUCCCUGGGCUCCGCCCUCGCACAGCUGCGGCCCUACAAGAGCGCCCAGCAGCUCGUGGACCAGAUGAACCAGGCCCUGGACGGCCUGCCUCCGACCUACAUCGAGAGCUUCCUGAAGCGCUUCAGCGACCUCCCGCUGAUCCCCAAGUCCAAGCUCACCAAGGAGCACAAGUGCUGCGUGGGGCUGGACAAGCUCACCGAGGAGCAGAAGUCCGAGCUGCAGCCCCUCUGCAACGAGUACCGCGAGAAGUUCGGCUUCCCCUUCGUGGUGUGCGCGCGCGAGGCGAAGGUGGCCGAGCUGCCCAUCAAGCUGCGGAGCCACCUGCUCAACACCAAGGACCAGGAGCUGGAGAGCGGCCGCAAGGAGGUCAAGAAGAUCGCCAGGCUGCGACUCCUCGAAGUGGUGGCAGCUUGAAUAAAUACUCCCGUCCAUCGCACUGUGUUUAGCUAAACAUCCAAAGCGAGGGAAUGACACAGAAGCAUGACUGAUACGAUUAACUCACUGACAAAAUGCUGGCAAAUUUUUAUACUUAGUAUUUUUUGAUUAGGACAAGUAAUAACUUAUUUUCAAUUCUUAUUUAUUGUAAUGUUUAGGAUACUGACAAGAAGUACAAACUUAGUGAGUGAUGAAACUACCGUAGUCUGUGAUACUCGGUGAUAAUUUUCGUGAAGCAGGUCUACGAGAAAAAUCUUUCUGCUUAUGCGGGAGAGGAACCGAUAAAGGUCCUGGGGGCGUUUUCCCAGUGAGACUUUUUUCAUUCCCGAAAGACAGUCUCGUGGUGUCAGACGGCCAAAAAUGUUCCUUGUCAAAUGAAUAAAAAAGAAAACUACAAACAAA